AUGGAAAAAUUAGCUUCGUCAUUUUAUAAUCAUGUAUUAACUUAUCGACAACAAAUCAUAAUAAUGACAUUUAUUUUAUUUCUUCUUCAAAAACAAAUUCAAAUUCCAUUAUCAUGCAUUCGAAUUAUGGUAGACUUUCUUACUCAUGAAAAUAAUGAUAUACGAAAGCUAGCUGAACAAUGUGUAUCAGCAUUAUGUCGUAUACAAAAACCACCAAGAAUUUAUCUUGAAAAAUCAAGUCAUGAUCUUUUAUAUUAUACGAAUAAAAUAUGUCCCGGUGAUCGUAAUGAUAAUUUAUGGGUUACAUAUAAUGAUUAUCAACCACCUAAAACACAAAUUGAAUGGGAACAAACAUGUUUCUUAGAUAAAUGUUAUUAUGGUUAUUAUGAAUGGCCAAAAAUAAUUAAAUAUCCAAUGAAUAAACGUGAACGUCAUACAAAAGAAACUAUGCCUGAACAUGUUGCUAUUUUAUAUAAUCAAUUUAUGAAUAAAAAUUUUAUUACAAAACUUAUACAAUAUAUGGUUCUUGAAAAUGAAGAAAGUGAAACAAGUUUUAACACACAUCGAUUUCGAAUGUUUAAAGGUCUUUUUCGAAAUUUUGGUUUAGAUUUAAUUGAUCAUUUUAUGGAACAGUUAAAUAUUUUAAUUCAUGAAAAAACUAAAGAAAAAUACGAAGGUUGUCAUCGAGUAGCAGCUGUGAUUGUUGCUGGAAUGAUUCGAGGUUCGAAACAUUGGACAUUACAAAUGCUUGAUGAAUUAUGGCAAAAAAUAAUUCCAUUUCUUAAUGAAGUUUGUGCUAAUCUAAGUCCUGAAACUUUAUUACAUUGGGGUGCAUGUUUUAAAUUUGCCAUGGAAGAUUUAGAUCCUCGUCGAAUGUAUCGUCUUAUUGAAUUUAUUCGUACAU